AUAGAUGCAUGCUGUGUUUCAUUUGGCGGAUGUAUUCACUCUCACAUACAGCUCUAAUGAUCAGCAUAUGUUAUUUAUUGUAAUUAGGACGAGCACAAGCAUUAAACUAAACACUGCGUGACUCUAGGGAUUUACAUCGUUAACUGGAAGUCAUGUCGGAGCUGGUGGACAUCUUGAAGAAGGCGGCUUGUGACGCAAUAGACGCGGCGGCCGCUGACCUAGCAGACUUGAGUGCCGACAUCUGGAAACAUCCGGAACUCAAUUUUGAGGAAAAACAUGCGCACAGAGUGUUGACAAAUUAUUUGGAAAACAAUGAAUUUCAGACGGAGCGUUCGUACAAGCUGGAGACGGCGUUCAAAGCGACGUACGGAUCACGCGCGGACGGCCCUAACGUGACCUUCAUCAGCGAGUAUGACGCGCUACCGGAAAUAGGCCACGCGUGCGGACACAAUCUUAUAGCAGAAGUUGGAGUGGGAGCGGGGUUGGGACUCAUGGCCGCCAUGAAGGCCGCUGGAAAACCUCUUGGACAGGUGACUGUUCUGGGGACCCCGGCGGAGGAAGGGGGUGGGGGCAAGGUGAAGAUGAUUGACGCAGGAGCGUUUUCUGAGGUAGACGUGGCUAUGAUGUCACAUCCGUUUCCCGUCAACGGCAUUAAACCGAAUGCCUUAGCUGUUGAAAUAAUCGAGGCGGUGUACAUGGGUAGGGCGUCUCACGCGGCCGGCUACCCCUGGGAAGGCAUCAACGCUCUGGACGCUGCUGUCACGUGCUACCAGGGAAUUUCCUGUCUCCGACAACAGUGCAAACCGGACUGGAGAAUACACUGUGUGAUACUAGAGGGAGGUGUGAAGGUGAACGUCAUUCCGGAGCGGACCAAGCUGCACAUCGCUAUUCGGACACCCACUGACCCGGAGAUGAACACACUCAGAGGGAAGAUUAUGAAUAUUGUCCAGUCUGGCGCUCUUGUUACUGGUUGUACGGUCGAGACAUCGACAAUAACAAAAUACUCCUCCAUGCUCCACAACAACACACUUGCGGACCUGUACGCCGGAAACCUAGCGAUCGUGCAGACGGAGAGCGCGCCCUGGGACAGUGGGACGCCUCCUGGCUCAACCGACAUGGGGGACGUCUCUCAUGUGGUGCCAUCCAUCCAUCCCAUGUUUUACAUUGGCGGCACGGCCGUCAACCACACAAGGAAUUUCACAGCAGACUGUGGCAAUCCGAAGGCUCAGACAUUCGCAAUCUACCAAGCAAAGACACUAGCUAUGACAGGCGUGGAUGUUUUACUCAACAAAGGACUAAUGGAGAAAAUACAAGACGAAUUUCAGAACAGCAUGAAGAAGGAAAAAGAUGGCGAAAAUUGAAAACAUAUGUACACACUUUGUCACACAAAUGGAUGUUUUAUUUUAUACAUCAGUUGUAUGCAUGAAUGAACAAUUAUAUCGAUAUAUGUA